GAGCGCUCUGCCAUACAGUAAGUCCACAUAGGCAAAUAUAGCAUAACAUUUAGGUAAUAAAAAUACGAGAAAAACAUUGUGAUGAAUGAAGUUGAGAGGUGUUCAGAGGAAAUUCUUGAAGAAUGCUGCUCAGCUACAACGCAUGGAGAAUGUGUUAUGGAAAAGCAUAAUGAUCCCAAUUUGAGGUUCAAUAUGCUUUCCCAGCAGGAGAUGGGUCUGGUCCAUCCUGUCCCUGUGCCAAGCACCCAGACCAGGGGUCAGUGGUCAAGCAAGCUGGAGUUCCUCCUGGCUGUGGCCGGACAGAUCAUAGGCUUGGGGAAUGUAUGGAGGUUCCCAUAUCUGUGCUACAAAAAUGGAGGAGGGGUGUUCUUCAUCCCUUAUGUGCUCUUUCUGUUCACCUGUGGCAUUCCACUCUUUCUCCUGGAGACCUCCUUGGGCCAGUACACCACGCAGGGCAGCAUCACCUGCUGGAGGAAGAUCUGCCCCCUGUUUGAAGGACUGGGUUAUGGUAGUCAGGUGGUAGUUCUAUAUUCCAGCAUCUAUUACAUCAUCAUUCUAGCCUGGGCCUUCUUCUACCUCUUCUCCUCAUUCAGCUCUGAGCUCCCCUGGGCCAGUUGUAGAAACAGAUGGAACACAGCAACCUGCAUGGAGUUUGACAGAAGAGUAGUGGGACAUCUAAAUUGGACAGUAGCAGGGAACGCAACAUCGCCAGUGAGAGAGUUCUGGGAAAGGAGAGUUUUGAGUCUCACAGACAGUCCAAACAAGCUAGGCAGUGUUCACUGGGAGCUGGCUCUGUGUCUUCUACUGUCAUGGAUUCUCUGUUACUUCUGUGUCUGGAAAGGAGUGAAGUCUACUGGGAAGGUGGUCUACUUCACUGCCACCUUCCCCUAUCUGAUGCUGGUGGUGUUGCUGGUCCGUGGACUCUCACUGCCGGGGGCAAUAGAUGGUAUCAAGUUCUACCUUUACCCAGAUCCAGCCCGCCUCUUUGACCCACAGGUGUGGAUGGAUGCUGGAACACAAAUCUUCUUUUCCUAUGCUAUCUGCAUCGGCUGUCUGACUGCUCUUGGCAGCUACAACAAAUAUGACAACAACUGUUACAAGGACUGUGUGUACCUGUGCCUUUUGAACAGUGGAACCAGCUUUGUGGCCGGUUUUGCGAUCUUCUCUGUUCUGGGCUUCAUGGCUUAUGAACAAGGGACAGACAUCUCAACAGUGGCCGAAUCAGGUCCUGGCCUGGCAUUCAUCGCCUACCCUCGUGCCGUGGCUAUGAUGCCAUUACCACAGCUUUGGGCCAUCUUCUUCUUCAUCAUGAUAAUCCUACUGGGUUUAGACAGUGAGUUUGUAGGUCUGGAGGCAUUGAUGACAGCCAUCUCAGACAUGUAUCCCUCUUUCUUCCUGGUUGGCCAUCGGCGUAAAGUCCUCCUCCUCAUCAUCAGUGUGGGUAGCUUCUUCAUCGGCCUGGUCAUGGUCACAGAGGGAGGCCUGUAUAUCUUCCAGCUGUUUGAUUACUAUGCCUGCAGUGGGAUGACUCUGCUUCUCUUCGCUAUACUACAGUCAGUGUGUAUCAGCUGGGUUUAUGGUGCAGACCGUCUGUACGAUAAUAUAGAAGACAUGAUCGGUUAUCGACCAUUACCCAUCAUUAAGUACUGUUUGAAGUAUGUCACUCCAGUCAUCUGCACUCUUCAUGAGGAAUGCUCAUCCAAGCCCCCCUCCACCCCCCAUAUCACACCUCCUCCUCCAUGCUUCACGAUGGGAACCACACAUGCUGAGAUCAUCCAUUCCCCUACUCUGCAUCUCACAAAGACAUGGAAGUUGGAACCAAAAAUCUCAAAUUUGAACUCAUCAGACCAAAAGAUAGAUUUCCACUGGUCUAAUGUCAAUUGCUCAUGUUUCUUGGCCCAAUAAAGACUCUUCUUCUUAUUGAUGUCCUUUAGUAGUGGUUCCUUUGCAGCAAUUUGACCAUGAUUCACGCAGUCUCCUCUGAACAAUUGAUGUUGAGAUGUAUCAGUUAACUUCUUAUGGUAUAUGGGGACGGUUGCGUCCCACUUUGGCAAAAAACAGGGAAAAUGCAGUGCGGCAAAUUUUUAACAGUCAUUAAAUGACACAUGUAAGAUACUCAAUUAAAGCUACACUCGUUGUGAAUCCAGCCAACAUGUCAGAUUUUUAAAAGGCUUUUAUGCAAAAGCAUAAGAAGCUAUUAUCUGAUGACAGCACAACAGUAAACAAAGAGAGUAGCAUAUUUCAACCCUGCAGGUGCUACACAAAACGCAGAAAUAAAAUAUAAAACAUGCCUUACCUUUGAUGAGCUUCUUUUGGUGGCACUCCAAUAUGUCCCAUAAACAUAACAAUUGGUCCUUUUGUUCGAUUAAUUCCGUCCAUAUAUAUACAAAUGUCCAUUUAUUUGACGCGUUUGAUCCAGAAAACAACAGCUACCAAAAAACGCAACAUCACAACAAAAUAUUUCAAAAUUUGCCUAUAAACUUUGCCAAAAUACAACUACUUUUGUAGUACAACUUUAGGUAUUUUUAAACGUUAAUAAUUGAUCAAAUUGUAGACGGGUCUGUGUUCAAUAGAGGAAGACAACAAACCAACGCUACUUUUCACAUCUUGCGCACUCUCAACGGUGUUCCCAGUUCCUAGAUGGCCUACUUCUUCAUUGCACAAAUGAAUAACUUCAACCAAAUUCCAAAGACUGGUGACAUCCAGUGGAAGCGGUAGGAACUGAAAACAGGUUCCUAAGAAAUAUAAUUUGCCAAUAAGAACACAGUGAACAGACAGAGACCAAAAAAACACAUUCUGAAAGGUUAUUCCUCUGGGUUUUGCAUGCUACAUAAGUUCUGUUAUACUCACAGACAUGAUUCAAACAGUUUUAGAAACUUCAGAGUGUUUUCUAUCAAAAUCUACUAAUAAUAUGCAUAUCUUAUAUUCCUGGCAUGAGUAGCAGGAAUUUGAAAUUGGGCACACUAUUUAUCCAAAUGUGAAAAUGCUGCCCCCUAUACCUUAAGUUAAUUGAACUCUAAUUGAAUUGAAUUUGCAUUUUUUUGGGAUGCAAUCUGAGGUGCAGUUAAUGAACUUGUCAUCUAACGCAGAGGUAACUCUGGGUCUUCCUUUCCUGUGGCAGUCCUCAUGAGAGCCAGUUUCAUCAUUGCCCUUGAUGUAUUUUGCAACUACACUCAAAAAAACUUUUUAAGAUCUUGAAAUGUUCGUCAUUGUCUUACCUUCAUGACUUGAAGUAAUGAUGGACUGUCAUUUCUCUUUGCUUAUUUGAGCUGUUCUUGCAAUCUUAUGGACUUGGUCUUUUACCAAAUAGGGCUAUCUUCUGUAUACCACCCCUACCUUGUCACAACACAACUGAUUGGCUCAAAUGCAUUAAUUCCACAUAUUAACUUUUAACAAGGCGCACCUGUUAAUUGAAAUGCAUUCCAGGUGACUACCUUAUGAAGCUGGUUGAGAGAAUGCCAAGAGUGUGCAAAGCUGUCAUCAAGGCAAAGGGUGAAUAAUUUAAAGAACCUCAAAUAUAAAAUAUAUUUUGAUUUGUUUAACACUUUUUUUGGUUACUACAUUAUUCCCUAUGUUAUUUCAUGGUUUUGAUAUUUUCACUAUUAUUAAAAAUUAAAAACCUUGAAUGAUUAAGUGUGUCCAAACUUUUGACUAGUAAUGUGUAUUUAAUUGUUUCCAAUUUCAUAAAAUGUUUGUUACUACAUGUCAUCUUUUGUUUCAACUAUAAUGCCUGAUAUGCAUCAUGAACAGGGGGAACAUAUUGGGUGUGCGCCAGCUCAUGCUUUUUAUUAGACCAUUAUAAAUGCUCCACCAGAAGCCUGACCAAAAUGUACUGGAGAAACUAACCUUGUUCUAAACCUUAUCUUGUUCAUCUCUGUCCUCACUCAACCCUCACUGUUACCCUAAUAUGUUAUAAUUAGUACAAUGCUAUCAGAAAAUACAUUGUGUUCUUUAAUGUUUAUUAUACAACAUCCAUCCAUAUCUUUUG